UUUUUUUUUUUUUUUUGAUACACUCUUUGUGUCUUGAAUAUUUUGAGUUUUGACCACCAUCGUAUCGUAUCCGUAGAUGAGAUCUGCCUGCCUGCCUGCCUGCCUAUUCACUUGCUACUUCUCACUUCCCACUUGCCUGCCUUCCUUUCUUUGCUUCUUUCCCUGUGAAUCUGUAGACUGUCUGUGUACACUUCCAUUAGACAUCUUGGUCCCACUUGUAUAUAUGCGUUCAUUCUGCUUUUCAACAAACAUUUCUCAAGAUAUUAGUAAUAAUUAGAUUGGAUUCGAUUAGAUUAAAUUUGUAGUGAAGAAGAAGGAGGGAUGUGUUAUAAUCAUGUAUAACCGAGGUCUUCUUCUGCUAAUUCAGAAUCUUGCAACGACAGUAAGUCAUCAUCAUCAAAGGAGGAAAGUUGGUUCAAGAUGUACCAAUUCUUGGUGUUUUGCGUCCCCAUCCUGUUCACUUUCAUCCUCCUUUUCGUCUUCUACUUGUUCUAUUUUCGCCCUCGACGCCUCCAUUGGUCCUCCCACCGAACGACAACAUCUCUUCCGCCUCCAGGGAAUCACACUCACAUAUUUGCCACUGUUGAGUUGGGUUUGAAGAAAGAGCUCAGGGAGAUGCUGCCCAUUAUUGUAUAUAAGGAGAGCUUCUCCGUCAGAGAUACACAAUGCUCAGUAUGCCUGGGUGACUAUGUAGCGGAGGAUAGACUUCAACAGAUACCAUCCUGUGGCCAUACAUUUCACAUUGAUUGCAUUGACAGCUGGCUUUCUACCCACAGCACUUGUCCACUGUGCCGCUCAUCCCUCCUUUCUGCCCAUAAAUAUCAAAAUGAAUUGCCUGAUGUACCAGUGGAACCAAGUCAUGAAUCUUCUGUUGCAGUGAAUAGUAGUGUAACAUCUCUUCGACAGAUGCCUCAGGCUUGUGAAGAAACAAAAGCUAGAGAGUUUUCUGGGUUGAGGAAUGGAGAACCAACAAGUGCCCAAAACAGUUCCAAAGAAGAUGCAAGUUCUGAGUGGGUUGAUUGCAAGAGAGGAUUGAGGGAUGCAGGAAAUGCAACUCAAGUGCAUCAGCAUACUGGUGGAUCAUCUGAUGGACUUGAAUUGAGGCAUUAGAGCUGAUGGUAGCAUCAAGAAUUCAAUUGCUGCAUUCUGCAUGCUAGUAUCCAAGUGAGAUGCCGCGGUGAGUAUAAAAGCUUCCAAACAUGCCAUAUGUUGAGAGAAUAUUUGGCCAUAUGCUUCUGUAGAUAGAAGCCAAGAAGCAGGUAAAGUAAAACAAACAAGAAGAUGUUGUUUCUUUUGAUGUUGACAUCCUAGACGUCUGCAUCAGCAUGGAGGGAAGUACCAAGGACAACUGAUGAAUGCAGGAACAAUCAAGUAUAUCGAUGCUUUCAGACAGGAAACCACAUCUUCGUUGCGGAGAUUCCAAAUUGAUCUGGCAUUGGUCUUGCUUGGGUGGGAACGUAGUUAACAAAUUUGGUUUGGUUGUAGGUAAGUUUAUCCCCGUGCCCAAGAACAUUGUGAGCGGGUACGAUUCUCAUUUGCUGAAUGAACAGUAUAAGCGACAUCCACUGUUAUGUGAUUGUCAGUGGUUUGGCGUAUGAGAAUAAAGACGUGAUUUGAACAAGGGUUUACUGUGCACUGAGAGCGAGCAUUGUAUGGUAUUUUGCAAGGAUUACGUAGCCUCACUGAUUGAGAAUAUUGUCUUAUUUAAAUCUUCCAAUCGACAAUCAGAAGAUAUAUGUUUCUCUCA